AUGCCAUGGUUGCACUGGUUGCACUUGCAGCUCUUGCUGGUGGCGGUGCUGGCGGAUCCUGAGCUGCUGACAGAUAAAUGGAGCGGAUGUGGUGAGGUGACGUCAGAUGACGCGCCUCUCUUUUUCUCCCCGUGUGCCACGUCGGAGUGGGAAGUGCUUCUCACCGACACGAUGGCCACGCAGAAAAAGCAGAGGAACACAACAGCACUGCUUCGGCUUCCACAAAGUGACAAUCUGCAAGGAUGUAGUCCACAUCCCAGCUCACACUUUGAGAAUAGGAUCGCGCUUAUCGAGCGAGGAAGCUGCUAUUUUUCGUGGAAGGUAGUGCUGGCUGAAGAGGCUGGCGCUCUGGCUGUCAUCAUUUUCGACACUGUGGAUCCUCAGUCCACGGCGGUCCUUGCCAUUGCCGGGCCAUUUCAGAAUCCAAGGAUUGCGGCCUACUUAAUUUCGAAGGCAAAAGGUCAAGACCUAGCGGCACGUCUCGAACUCGGAGGCGACAUUGAGGUCGUGUGCAGUUGGAACCCAGUGGAGGUCUGGUAUGGCUUGCCAAAUACGUCAAGCGAAUUCAAUGACACUCUGACCCUGGAAAAUUAUGGUGAUGAGGACAUGCGCUGGGUCUUGGACGUCAUCGAUCACAACCGGACUUUCGAAAGAGAUCCGUUCUACACGGCCCAAGUGCUGUCAGCCUUCGAUGCCGAGUCCUUCUACUCCUUUGAAGUAUUGGACCUCACUUCCUUUAACGGUUCGGUUCAGCUAGAUGAUGAUGCUGAACUCCUACGAUUGCCUUUUGUGUUCCCUCACUACCUGCAUUUCUACGAGGAAAGCUAUGUCUCUUGCAACGGUGCCCUGAUUUUUGACCCUGUCUUAGACGAAUUCACAAGACAGGCAGCAGUACUUGGUUCUGGCAAAGGACCGCAUGCGGUGCUUGCCGCGAUGUGGGGAGACUUGCUAUGCCCUGUGGGCUCCAAGAUUUCUGCACGAAAAGCAGAAGACGUGAUAGCAGUCCGUUUUGAGGGACUUCGUCAAAAAAGUGAUGUGAACCUGGCAAAUUUGACCUUUGAAGUUCGCUUGCACAGUGAUGGUCGGGUCCUGCUUUUGCUGGAAGAUUUUCCAGCGAAUGCCAGCGCACUCUCUCAGAUCCAGGUGGGUUUGCAACCUGCCACAGGUGCUCGUGCCUUGAGUGUGGACAAUUUGCCAUGGUCAACUGGACCACCUUUGGCCGUUUCCUUCACGCCUUGGCUGAUGUUGGAAAAUCUGACGAAGUAUUCGGUGCCUCCAAAUGAAUCGGUGACGUUGGGUCUGGUUUUUGAACGUCAAGAUGACCUCUAUGGUUGGCUUUUCUUCUACGCAGAGAGAAGUAUUGGCAGCUGGCACCCGAGAAGAAGCGUUCGCUUCACUCAACGUGUGUUUCGUUACUUUUGGAUUCUUGGUGCAUGGGAUGGCGGUAUGCAUAGUGGCGUGUGCAAAACGGGCUUUGUGCGACGGAGGAAUCGCACAUGUGCUGGUAGUGACGGUGACGUCUAUGAUGACAGCUUUUGCAUUGGCAGUUGCAUGGAUCAAGAUCCAGUUGUUUACUGGGACUAUCCCGAAAGAAGAGUCUGGAAGGAUGGCUACAACAACGAGUGUGAGGAUUAUCGUGUCUUGGACCUUUGCCGAGAAGAUGGUUAUGGAUCGAAAUGGCAGUCCUGGUGGGGAACCUUCAGCGACUGGGUGACCGCUGGCUUAGAUGCCAGUGCUGCCUGCUGUCUCUGCGGCGGUGGCACAACAACUCCUGCCUUACCUCAGGUCGAGGAAAACUGCCCUAGUGUCACCUGCCCAGCGAACUCUGACGGCUUCAACGUUUUGGAAG